AUGUUGAACUCAAAACACCAGGGUACGAGUGUAAAUAAAUGCAGUGUGCGAGACGAAGUAGAGAAGUGUUGGUAUGCUGAGGCAAGUCUGAAAAUGCGCGAGAACGCAAUGAUUUUGGAGCCCUGUUUUAGCAGAACACUUCCAGGAUGGAAACCUCGACGAUUGGGUGGGGGAUUAGGUGGUUUCAAGGAGUCUGGCCAACUGCGUUUUGGUGGAAUCACCCGACCGUCUCGAUGUUACCUCAUGGAACUGCCUCUUAAUGCUCAUCAGUUCACCCUCCAAUGUGCAAUAACUGACCACAGAGUUUGGCGCGGUGCUGGUGAAUUUUGCACUUUCUACACUCCCAUCCAAUGUGAAUACAACGAAGCGUUCUUAUGA